UCUGCUCGUCGGUCUGUGUGUUGUCAGUACUGUUUGCAGAGGUUCUUCAACCGUCUUGAGAUAGAUAAUCAUGUCGCUGGAAGUAGAAUCCGCAGACGUGAUCCGUCUGAUAAUGCAGUACCUGAAGGAAAACAAUCUUCACCGGACACUGGCUACCUUGCAGGAGGAAACCACAGUGUCUCUGAACACAGUGGACAGCAUAGAAAGUUUUGUAGCAGAUAUCAAUAGUGGUCACUGGGAUACUGUGCUACAAGCCAUUCAGUCUCUCAAGUUGCCAGACAAGACUCUGAUAGAUCUCUAUGAACAGGUGGUGUUGGAACUGAUAGAGCUGAGAGAGCUGGGUGCAGCUCGUUCGCUCCUCAGACAGACGGACCCCAUGAUCAUGCUAAAACAGACUCAGCCCGAGAGGUAUAUCCACCUGGAGAACCUGCUGGCACGCUCCUACUUUGACCCUAGGGAGGCCUAUCCAGAUGGUAGCAGUAAGGAGAAGCGACGGGCAGCCAUUGCCCAGGCCCUAGCUGGGGAGGUCAGCGUGGUACCUCCCUCCCGUCUCAUGGCACUGCUUGGACAGUCUCUGAAGUGGCAGCAACAUCAGGGUCUCCUCCCUCCUGGAAUGACCAUCGAUUUGUUCAGGGGCAAGGCUGCCGUCAAAGAUGUGGAGGAGGAGCGCUUCCCCACCCAGCUCAGCAGACACAUCAAGUUUGGACAGAAGUCCCAUGUGGAGUGUUCCCGGUUCUCUCCUGAUGGUCAAUACCUGGUCACAGGAUCCGUAGAUGGCUUCAUCGAGGUCUGGAACUUCACAACUGGGAAAAUAAGAAAGGAUUUGAAAUACCAGGCUCAGGAUAGUUUCAUGAUGAUGGACGAUGCUGUACUGUGUAUGUGCUUCAGCAGGGAUACAGAGAUGUUGGCUACUGGCGCUCAGGACGGCAAGAUCAAGGUGUGGAAGAUUCAGAGCGGGCAGUGCCUAAGGAGGUUUGAGCGUGCCCACAGUAAGGGAGUGACCUGUGUCAGCUUCUGUAAGGACAGCAGCCAGCUCCUCAGUGCCUCCUUCGACCAGACAAUAAGGAUCCACGGGUUGAAGUCAGGCAAAUCUCUGAAGGAGUUCCGCGGCCACUCCUCUUUCGUCAAUGAAGCCACCUUCACACCGGACGGCCAUCACAUCAUCAGCGCCUCAUCUGAUGGCACAGUCAAGAUCUGGAACAUGAAAACCACAGAAUGCACAAACACCUUCAAGUCCCUGGGCACAUCAGCUGGCACAGACAUCACGGUCAACAACGUCAUCCUACUGCCCAAGAAUCCCGAGCACUUUGUAGUGUGUAACCGCUCCAACACCGUGGUCAUCAUGAACAUGCAGGGACAGAUCGUGAGGAGUUUCAGCUCCGGUAAGAGGGAGGGUGGUGACUUUGUGUGUUGUACGCUGUCCCCCCGUGGUGAAUGGAUUUACUGCGUGGGAGAAGACUUUGUGCUCUACUGCUUCAGCACAGUCACCGGCAAACUGGAGAGGACACUGACGGUCCAUGAGAAGGAUGUGAUUGGCAUCGCCCACCACCCCCACCAGAACCUCAUAGGCACGUACAGCGAGGAUGGUCUCCUCAAGCUCUGGAAGCCCUGAGUGUCUCCACCAGACCAGAGCAGACCUUUCCCUAAACCAGCCUGUCUACACACUCUGAACACCGCUCGGCUCUUAUUUUUUUGUGUAGUUUAUUUCAAAUUUAGGUUUUGAUAUACCUCAGCAUGGUGUAGUGUCAUCAUAAUUUGAUAACCUUUGCAACACAGUUUGGUUUCUGACACUCCGUUGUAUGCAUCCACUUGUAAAUGGGAAUGGUUUAUUGUGAAGAGCUAUGAAACCAAUAAGGAUUAUUUGCUCACUGUGUACAGAGAGCGGCAUGUGGAUGGAUAUUGGUCAGUGAUGUCUUGGUGUUUAGAGUUGUGUCGGCGGUACAAUGGAGAGACUUAUUCAGCAGAACUCUGCAAGAGUGAGGAGUUAUAUUUGGUCAGAAGAGCUUUAAGAUACUGGCGAAGAUUGAAGAGUUUGUUUCUGAAACCAUCUGAGGGGGAAAAGAUGAUAUACUCAAGUUUGUCUUUCAGUGUAUUCAAAAUGUCAAAGAAACUGUGUGAAAAAAACAUUGUUUUUUCCCCCUCAGAUUAGGGUUUAUCAAGUAAAUGUGUAUUGCUUUUGUGUUGUCAGUCACUUUUGUCGGUUUUCAAAUGUUGGAGAAUUUAUUUUGGAAUCGGACUCUUCAUAACAUUGCUUUGCAUACACGUGCAUUCCAUAAACACCUAUUUACCGCUGACAUAUUGUCUGUUCUAACUCUUAUCGGCUGUUCAUAUAAACAAGACUCACUGUGCAACAUGUUCAACAUCUGAGGUUUGGAAACUCAAACUGUGGAAUCUACUUUUUAACACCAGGUUGAGAGUAUGCGUCUGGGACAGUUUUGGUUUUUUUUGGGGGGGGGGGCAUCAAUUUCAGACAGCUACAGAAGAUUUUAAUGGGUUUGGAGUGGGGCAUGUUAUUGUAUCCAGUUCUUUUUAAUGUCCUAUCUUUUGUAAAUGAUUUUUUUUAGCUUUUUUUUUUCUCAAAAAUAUCUGGUUGGAUAGUUUGUUUCUCUGUGAUUACUUCACUUGGUUUCGUGACACUUGAGAUAUUUCAUUCCAAAUUGUUCCAUAUCCACAUUCAUGUUUUCGGAGGAAAAAAAUUCCAUCCUAAACUGUAUUGGCUUGCAACGGUCUUGAGAUGAAUACACACAAGUAGUACCCCAUAUUCUUGUUACUAUUAUUACUAACUAAUAAGUAUUCAGUCGGCAGAGAUCUCAUUUGGAAUGAAACAUCAAAUAUCAGAUUGCUGUUUGUCUUCUUGGAUGUGUUUGAUUUUGUAUUAAGAUAGUAAUCCUAACUGACCCUGUGUGAUACUUUCCCCAGUCAAAUACUUAAAUUAUCUUUGAUGGCAGUAAAUCAGGGUUUCUACUGUCAGCUGAAGGUACAUGUUUCUGAUGUUUGUUUUUUUUACCAAUAAAACUAUUUAACCAGAUGCUU